CGAUUUGUAAUGGAAGAAAGAAAGAGAGAGAGAGAGAAAGAGAGCAGACAACGUUCAAACUCAAACCUCAUAAUGGCCAGUAAAAAAGCCUCGAUCAGGCCGCCGGCUUACGAGGAGAAUAAGAUUAGCAUCGGCAACGUCUCCAUUUAUACAUAGUGUGCAGCUUAUUAUUAGUAAAUCCCAAAGAAACUGCUGAUUGAUUUGGUUUGGUAAAGGCUGUGUCAAACGUGAGGAGCAAUGAGGAGAGAAAGAUAAUUGGUUCGGCAAGCGUCUCUUUGUGAUGACCUAGGCUCCAGAAGGAGAGUAGAACGGAGGGAAAGCAGAGAUGUUUGAUAGCUUGCUGGGUGGGAAGUUCUCCAACAAAUGCAAGCACGCCGUGAAGUGCAUAAAGGUGCGGAUGGUGCCCAUCUGGAACAAGAAGCAGGCCGUGCUGCGGUUCCUCAGGAAGGACGUCGCCGACCUCAUCGCCGCCGGCCAUGAAGCCAACGCCUUCCGACGGAUUGAUGCACUCAUCGUUGAGAUAAACCGCGCAACUUGCUACGACAUUAUCGCGCAGUGCUGUGAAAUCAUCUCGACUCAGCUUCCGACCUUACAAAAUCACAAGGAAUGUCCUCAAGAAGCCGUGGAAGCAGUAUCGACUCUAAUUUAUGCUGCAGCAAGAUUCCCAGAUCUGCCGGAGUUGUGUGUUCUCAGGCAUGUGUUCGCGGAACGAUAUGGGAGCUGCAUGGAAUCGUUUGUGAACGCCGAGUUCGUUGAGAAAGUUGGGAAGAAGUCAUUUACGAGGGAGAAAAAACUGCAGCUGAUGCAAGAUAUUGCCGAAGAGUAUUCUGUGCGAUGCGAUGCAAAAGCAUUCGAUCAUCAAACUACAUCAGAUGCGAUCAGGGGAAAACAUGGGUCCAAUUCUGCAAGCGCUGUGCGGGGAGAACAAGCAGAGACGGAGGCGGCGGCGGACAUUCAUGUGAUCUCAGCGAGCUUGGGAACGCGUCAAGCACGUGUCAAGCCGAGGAGAGAUCAUGGCGGAAGCUGUGAAGCUGACGAGCUCGAGUGUGGUGUUCGAGGGAGUCCGGAGAAGAAAGGGGUGGUUUCGGUCAACGGGCGCCAUGUGGAAGAGUACGGGAGAGCAGGCUAUUUGAUCCCGCCGUAUGUCAAGCCAAAGAUCCAUGGCGAUCCUGUUGCUGCUGCAGGUCAUGACACGAACGAGGGCGGCGAGGAAGCAGUUCUUCGCGGCGGCGAGAAGCCUAGGCCCGUUUCCGUGAGGCGAAAACUCCGAAAGCCACGGGUUGGCGAGACAGACGACGGCGAAAACUACGUCAAAGAGAAGAGUGCAGAUGGAGAGGGAAGACGACGACCAGCGUAUGACGAAGCAGAUCACAAUGCUGCGUCCGGUGGGCAGUACGAGGACGAGGAAGAGAUGGUCUUGGACAAGCUCUUGCUGCACUACAGCAGGAAAGGGACAGCUGAAGAAGGAAGCGAAGGAAGAAGAAGGGUCGGAGCUGAGCAUUUCGGCAAUGGCGGAAAGGUUCACCCGUUGCCGAGAGGAGCACCGCCUCCUCCGGUGCCGUCGGAAUCGGUAAACCCGGCGACUCCUGGAGCUACGUCGAUGCGGCCUGAUCCUGUGGAUGCUAAUGGAGGCCGAGUGCAUCCGAGUCUGCCGGAUUACGAUCAGUUGGCGGCAAGGUUUGCUGCUUUGAAGGGGACCUGAGAAAUACUAAGAAGUGCUCUUCCUGCAUUCUGCUCCAUUUCUUUCACCUCCAUGCAGUGAGCACCUCUGCUGAUGGAUUACAGAUCGUUGAUGCAAUCUGCAAGUCUUUCCUGUCCUGAUUCCCGUCUCUUUCUUCUUCAUGGAUAUAUUAGUGGAAAGUUCCAUCUUGCUUCUGUUUAUGAGAUUUCAACAGAAACAGAAGUCCAGCAACGUUGGAAGAGUUCUUCCACCUGUUAGAUCAUCAUGUAUUCACAGUUUAAGACAGUAUUGUACAAGAUAUCCAUAUGUCUCAUAAAAAAACCUAAUUGUUUGUUUUUA